GCAACGGCUAUCUCCAACACACCCGACCCGACCCCAGCGUCUCUAACAAUCUCCACCGUCAAAUUCCAAACACUCACCGGAUUUGCGACUUCCCUCCCUAAUGUAACAUUCAAAAUAGGAAGAUGGUUCGAACUCCAAUCCAUUAAUAGCCGCGGCCGCUUCAAUCGCCCGAUUCAGCCUUAAUCGCCGCCUUUAUGAAGGAAGAGGACGAUUACCAUGAAACCAGCUUCGGCUCAUCUGCAUUCUCCAAGCGGCCGCCAUCCCUGGUCUCACUCUCUCCUUUCACCCCUGCACCGUCCCCGGCCCCUCGCCGCCUCUCCAGCUCCUUCUCCCAACCCAGCGAGCCCGUCAGGGUCAAAAGGCAGCUCGCAUGGGUAUCCCUGCAGGGACGCCUCGUCGGAGCAGAGGAAGCAAGUUCAGCUAGGGCAAUCGGCGGUGGAUUGAGUCCGGAAGAAGCUCUGGCUUGGGACCUUUUCACUCCCAUUCAACGGGUUCUUGUGGUUGCUGUUAUUGCCGUGGCCACUGCUAAUUCGAAGAAAACUAAACGCAUAUCUCUGCUUGAGAAGUCUGUUCAACUAAGGGAUGAGGUGCUUUCCAGAAUGCAGGAGAAGCUUGAUAAUUUAUGCGAGCAGGUCAAUUAUUUCAAGGACCAACCUGAGCCUGCUGCUAAUAUUUGCUGGCUUUGUGAGGAACACAAACAUUUGCCUAAACAUCUAUCCAUGCAGAAUGGUUCAGCAAGGAAGUUGUCAAUGGGCGAAGAAGAGGAGUUAUUAUUGAAUGAAGCAGAACCAGAGGAGCGCCGAAUGUCUGAUUUGUCAGACAUGGCUCCUAGCGUGGCUUCGUCUGCUGAUAUUCAGGUGAACACUGCAACAGUUCAUCAUGCUAUCUUUAACCUCCGGCGCAACUGUGAAGAAAAGGAUGCAACCAUACAUAGGCUAUCUGCCUGUUUACAAUCAUCUGAAACUCUAGGUUCAAAGAGGAUCGCAGAGCUAGAAGAAAUCAUCUGUAGGAAGAAUAUGAUCAUUUCCGAACUGAAAAAGGAGAUAUCGGUUUUACACCAGAAGGUGAGUCUGAUAUGACAAUAUUGCUGUGAAAACAUAUUCUUUUCUAGUGGACUGAUUAUGUGAAAGUAACAUGAUGUACCACUCUCACUGAGCAAUGUUUUCACACUAAACAGACCACUAAACAUAAACCUUAAAGUAUAUCUUUUGCAAUGAGGUAGCUAUUAACUAAUCCAUAAUUGAAAUCUGCUUCUGAGGUUAACUAUGUUGGAUGCAAUCAAGUCUAUAUUAAAGGAUAUAAAAAUGCCAAAGUUCUUUUGAAACGGAAUGCUUUGGAUGUUUCAUUGUGAACAGGUGUCCAACCUGAUAAGAGUACAACCAAAACGCUCUUUCUCAACAGUUCCCAGCCCAAGCAACAUGCAUCAUCCUGUUUUGACAGAUAAUAUUAUCUAUGAUAUGGAUAGCACGACUAGCCCUUCGUCUUCAGAUUCAGAUAACUCUCCAAGGAUCAGACCCCAAUCUGCUGCUACGUAUGUUGAGGCUACACCCAAUAAUAACAUGGAGAAAGCUAGAAGGAAAAAAGAGCAGAAAUUGGUUCUGGAGAAGAAACCUGCGAUAGUGAAUGUGACAGAAAGGCAUCUUUAUUCCAGGCCAGUGAGCCCUUUGAGUGAAAUCUCUUUGAAUAAUUCCGGCAGUUCUAUUACCAGUUCAAAUUCAAAACAAGCUUCUUCUAGAAUAGAACUUACUAGCAGGAGGAAACCCCCUGUCAGGCCCAAGCUUACCAGUCAUCAGAAGAGAUGGGUUUAGCAAGUACAUAAAAAAAGCUAAAGAGUGCUUGUAUUGUAUCUUGAAGUUAUUUAUCAGUUCGUCACUUUUUCUAAUUAUCAUACAGAUAUGCAGAUAUAUACCAGUGACGAUGGGAUAUAUAAAAAUAUUAAACCGAACUUUAGGCCUAAAUUAAC